UUCAAUCUAACCCUUAAAAAGGAAAGAUUAGUUCAAAUUUCCUGAAAAAUUUGUUCAAAAAAAUUCCAAUGAAUAGUCUUCAAUAGAAUAGAAGACACGUCUAAAAUGAGAUCAUUCAAAAUAUUAUCGAGGCAUGUCAUUAAUCACGUUAAGCCAAUAACGAUUGAAACUAUUCUAACGAUUCGGCGAAAAUAGAAAGAAAGAAGGAUUAAAGUUUACAAUCAACAUUGCGAAUUUUGAAAAUAUACACGUUCAUGAAAUAGAGAAUUGGAAAUAACUAUAACGUUCUAUUCUAAUAAGACCAAUUAAACCAGAAUGAGUGAUAUCAAGUGAUUAUUAUUCAAUACAGAAAAGCACAUCCAAACGGAUUCCAAAACAAUAUAUAUUAAUGCAGCCCGCUUCACUUAAGUUUAUUUCCAAUUUUCAUUCCAUUCGAAUUUAACGGUGUUUAAAUAAAUGUUUUGUUAUUCUUUUUAAUUGCCUGAAUUCAGUUGAACAUCAUUUAGCAUUCGUGGCUUCAAUAGUUAGUUACAUUUCGGACCGUUUUUCAGUUGUGUAUAGAAUGAUUUCCAUUUUCCGUGUAUGCUGUUUAUCAUAUUGGCUUACUUCAAAUUCAGAAUUCGUUUUUGUUUUGGGCCAUUGCCACUUGAUUGUGACUCCAAAUAAAAGUGCUAUGUUACAUUUUUUAGUUUACAAAAGACGUUUGUUUAUAAAUAAAAGAAGCAUUAACUCCGUUAUGAUUCAGUUCCGUACAAUGCAGUUCUGUCGAUAACACGAUACUCAAUAGUGUACAUUUGCAUACACCGGCGAAAUAUCGACAGAGAAUUACACUAACGCUUAAAUAAUGUGGAUGUCAAAGCGUCAAUAGUGAAACGCAUACGUUCACGAUUAAUUUCUGCCAAAAAAACGGCCUUUGAAUGUAUGCAAUGCAAAUGAGCGUUGAAAUGAAAGUGUGAACCGGAGCAUUGUCGAGUGCAGAGCUGAAUCGUUGCGGAUUUGAAUCCGAUUGUCCGGGGAGACUUUUCUUCAUGGGGAUAUUCACGAUAUUUAUCGCUUCACCAAUAAACGUUGUGCGAUUGAAAAUAUUCUUUCAUUGGUGACCAUUUGUUAGAGCCCUACGGAACACAUCUCUGUGCACUGAAACAAAUGGUAUGGUUUAUGAUUCUGCACUUCGGUUUAUUUCGGUGCUCUCGCAUACUCUUCGAAUAUUUCAUUCUACGCUGAGCCGUUUGUGUGUGCUAUUGGCGAACUGCAGAAGAACGCACGGCUACUAUGUUCUACGUAGGCUACGUAACGUAGCCAUAGAAUCGAAUUUACGAAAAGUAUGUGUAUAGCACCGAAAUAAGCCAUUUGUUCGAGUGCACAUACAUUGGUUGAGUAAGCCGCAAGCUUCCAGUGUACAACAACCACACUCGCUUCGGAUGUUUACAUAUCCUUAUCGUAUACAUAUAAUAAUUGCCGCACAGUACAACAAACCGCAUUCUUCGUUUGGCAGUCGUAUCGUGAGCAAUCGAUUAAAGAGCAUUUGAUCGUCGUUCGAAAACAGUGAAUCAAGAACGUUUUUGAUUCGGAAAUUUAAUGAAGAAUAAAUAUUUUGUGUUUUUCUGUCCAAAAAUAUUGAGGCAUUCGUAAUUAAUACAGACUAUACAUAAUUGUUGUGAUUUACUAUUUCAUUGCGAUUCAACCAUAACAUUUAUGUACUGAACUUGUGCAGAAAUUCGAAAAAAAAAAAAAUAUUUUCCAACCAAAAACUCAUAUUAAAAACAUAUCCAGUUGCAUUCAAUGCGCACAACGAGAUCGUGAACAGUGAAAAAUUGUGUGUUCAAGUUGAUUCGAAAUGAUUCUCUCAAUUUUGAAAGCGAUUGUAUUCGCUCUAUUGUGUUUAUUCGGAUUCUUUUUGUGUUUCGUUUUUUUCCUCGUACUUCGCUGUAAAUGGAUACGUUGGAUGUCAAAUCUUUCGUUUGUUCCACUGGAAUCUCCAUAUAUUUACGGAAACAUUUCACAUGAAAAACAUCGAUCUCUCCAACUCGCCGAUUUCUAUCAACGCUAUCGAACACAACCACUAAUCGGAAUAAAUAUGCUUUUGGAACCAUCAGUGAUGAUCAUUGACUUAGAAUUGAUUCGACGUGUUUUAAUCAAAGACUUUCAACAUUUCCAAGAUCGUGGCAUGUUUUACACCGAAAGGGAUCCAUUGAGCGGUAUUCUGGGUACUUUGGAUCAUGCAAAAUGGAAACCGCUUCGAUCGAAAUUGACACCAGCAUUCACUCCAACCAAAAUUAAAGACAUGUUUGAAACGAUGAAAACCGUCGGAGAUGCGCUCGUUAGAGGAUUGAACGAAAUCGUCGAGACCGAGGACCAAGUGGAAAUUCGGGAACUAUUCAGCCGAUUUACGACGGACGUAAUUGGUGAAGUCGCCAUUGGCAUUCAUUGUAAAACAUUGGAUGAAUCAACACAACUUCGUGAAAAGACCAAAGAGGCAAUGCAACCACACUUGAAAUUCCCGUGGAAUCAUUUUACAACCGCAUACCCAAGAUUGGCUAGAUUUUUAUCCAAAUUCUGGUAUAUCCCUUUGUUUAACUUCCGAAAACAUCCAAAAGACGUGUCCGAUUUCUUUAUAAAUGUUGUUGAGCAAACCAUUCAGUAUCGCGAAAAAAACAACGUAAGAGGCAACGAUUAUAUGCAAUUGCUUAUUGAUGCGGGUUUGAAAAUAAACGAAAUUGCAGCGCUUGCCUUUGAUUUUCUGUCCGCCGGCUAUGCUGACUCGACUUCUACGCUCGCGUACUGUUUAUACGAGCUGGCACUUCCAGGCAAUUGGCAUAUCCAAGAUAAAGCCAGGAAGGAAAUUCAAUCCAUUUUGGAGCAAAAUAACGGACAGCUGACGAAUGAAGUGUUGACACAGAUGGUGUAUUGCAAAAAAAUUAUUAACGAAACGUUGCGAAAGCAUCCGGUGGCUGGUAAUUUAACGAGAAUCGCAACCAAAUCGUACCAGGUACCCGAAACAAACAUUUUAAUACCAAAGGGAAUGCGCGUUUUUAUUCCAAUUUACGCCAUUCACCACGAUGCCGCGUUCUAUCCUGAUCCCGAAGAAUUCAACGUUGAACGAAAAGAGCCUCCAUCGAGCGCAUCUAUAUCAUUCGGAGCAGGUCAAAGACAAUGCAUCGGCUAUCGCUUUGCAACGCUUCUUGUUACCGUUGCUUUGGUAUCGCUGUUACAAAAAUUCAAAUUUUCUACUUGCAAUCGAACACAAAUACCAAUCAAAUAUUCGGCAGACAAAAAUACACUCAUUCCGAGUUUGGAUGGUGUUUGGCUGAAAGUCAACCAAAUUUGAUCAUUCAAAUUGGAACAACCGUCUCGACACUUCGUUCGAUAUUUUUGAUUUUCACACGUUGCAGAUUUUCUACCUAGUCCUUGGAUCUUAGAUCUUCUUCAAAAAUUCCAACUUUACCAAAUACAUUUAUCAGAAAGUCAUAACUUUCCAAACACAUAGUCAAUACUAACGAAACAAAAACUGUUACAUUUACUCGAUACCAUUAAAAUAUCAAUGCACAAAUUAGUGUGCUCCUUUUCAAUAUCAUUUAUUGCUAUUUGAUAAAAUGAUUAUUUUUUUUAUUAUAUAUUAAUUUUUACCGAUUUAAAUUGACCAAUGUUCAUUGCUUGUUCGAAGUCAAAAUUUCAAGAAUCCUCAUAUUUUUAGCAUAGCUUACUUUUUGACAAUGUAUCGAUGCGUUAAGUAUUUAUGAAAUUCACAACAUAAAUCGCUACUUUCAAAUCGCUUCCGUAGGCAAGUUUGAGGUAUUUUUUGUUUGGAUUGAUAAAAAGGAAUCUUGCAUUGGUGACCAUUUGAUAGAACUCCAAGCCGCGAACAGCCAGUGCUCAACAAUUCAUUUUGAAUGUUUACAUUUCUUAAUCGCUCAUAUACAAUUGACUCGCAUACAGUAAAAUAAACAGAUUUCAUCGUUUUGCAGUCAACAAUCGAAUUAUAAUUAUGUUAGCACUAAAUUGUAAUUCAAAUGCCGUGAAUUGAAACUUUGUCAUUCUGAAGUUUAAUA